AUGAGAUUCAGAUGAAAGAAAAUAGUUUUGAGUUCUGUAUGCUUGACAUUUUUGAGUAGUCUUCGUCUUUCCCAUGAGGUGUUUAGUGGUGCAAAUCUCGUUUUCGAAGUAUUGAGUGUUCUAUUCUUUCUUGGUGUCUGAAUUUCUGAUAUAUUUACUGAUUAAACAUCUUUCAUUAGAUCAACAUGCCGAAAAAUAAGGGAAAGGGAGGUAAAAACAGGAGAAGGGGUAAAAAUGAAAAUGAAACGGAAAAAAGAGAGUUAGUUUUCAAAGAAGAUGGACAAGAAUACGCACAAGUCACAAAAAUGCUUGGUAAUGGAAGGUUAGAAGCUAUGUGUUUUGAUGGUAUAAAACGAUUGUGUCACAUUCGUGGAAAAUUACGGAAAAAAGUAUGGAUCAAUCAAGGAGAUAUAAUAUUAAUUGGUCUGCGAGAUUAUCAGGAUGCAAAAGCAGAUGUUAUAUUAAAAUACACAUCAGAUGAAGCUCGUAACUUGAAAACCUAUGGUGAAUUCCCAGAAACUGUUCGUAUCAAUGACACUGUCACUUUUGUGGAAGAUGGUUUUGAUGAAGAUAUUGAAUUCGGUGAUGAAAUUAGUGACGAUGAUGAAGAUGAUGGUGACAAUAUGUGAUGACCUUCGAUAUAAAUAUACUUAAAAGGUAUGGUACAAGAGUGCAUGAAGAUACCUAUUUGUUUUACAAGAUGCAAUCAUUUGUUGCGUAAUUAAGAUACUAAAAAUUUUUUUGAAAUAAGUAGUCAAUUUUCUGUAUCUAUAAAUAAAUUUUCACUUGUAAUAAAUGUCCAUGUAAUAAUAUGUUGCAAUUUAAAAUUGUUAGAUCCUGAAUUUUCAGGAUUUGUAAAUGUUAUUAGACCUAUGGUAUUCACUAUAUAGCCUGUCUUUUAUUUUCAUAUGACUUCAAUUCAAAAUAAUAUCCCAUUUUAAAUGGAUAUGAGACUAUAUAUAGAUUUUUAAAUCAAUCUAAAAA